UCUCUGCAAUCUCGAUAGCACCAAGCAGCGGGUACAGCAGCAGCUCGAUGGCCGCCGCUUCCUCCUCCUCUCGCGUCUCUUCUCCAGCAGGGUGGCUGCUCGCGGCGCGCUGCGCGCUCCUGCUAGCUUUGGCCGCCGGAGCUGGAGCCGCACGCGGCCACCCUCCGGCGCUGAGCCCCGUGUUCUACGACGCGUCGUGCCCCGGCGCGCACGACGUCGCCCGCCGCGUCAUCCAGGGCGCGCGCGUCUCCGACCCCCGCAUCCCAGCCAGCCUCAUCCGCCUCCACUUCCACGACUGCUUCGUCAACGGUUGCGACGGCUCGCUUCUGCUGGACGACGACCUCCCCGCGAUCCGCACCGAGAAGACCGUGCCCGCCAACAACAACUCGGCGCGCGGCUUUCCCGUGGUGGACGACAUCAAGGCCGCGCUCGAGCACGCGUGCCCCGGCGUCGUCUCCUGCGCCGACAUCCUUGCCCUCGCCGCCGAGAUCUCCGUCGAAAUCUCCGGAGGACCACGCUGGAGAGUGCUGCUCGGCCGGCGGGACGGCACCACGACCAACGUCGAGAGCGCCAACAACCUCCCGAGCCCCUUCGACUCCCUGGACGUUCUCCAGCAGAAGUUCAGAAACGUCAACCUCGACGACACCGACCUCGUCGCCCUCCAAGGAGCGCACACAUUCGGCAAAGUUCAGUGCCAGUUCACGCGGGAGAACUGCACGGCGGGGCAGCCUGAUGGCACCCUGGAGAACCUGGACCAGGUCACACCCAACGUGUUCGACAACAAGUACUACGGCAACCUCUUGCGCGGCCAGGCUCAGCUGCCGUCCGACCAGGUCAUGCUGUCGGACGCUGCUGCGCCGGCGACCACCGCGCCCAUCGUCCGCCGGUUCGCGAGCAGCCAGAAGGAUUUCUUCCGGAACUUUGUGGCGUCCAUGAUCAAGAUGGGCAGCAUCAGCCCGCUGACAGGGAGGGAUGGACAGAUCAGGAAGAACUGCCGGAGGGUCAAUAGCAAAUAAAGGCUACUGAUGAUGACUUGAUCUCGUACAAGCAAUUUGGUCUGGCUUGUGUUACUAAUUGUUAUGUCAUUCUUUCAAAAUGUAAAAGAUGUUACCAUUUUCCCUUUCCGGAAAGCAAGUGUGUGAAAAAAAUGUUUU